AUGAGCACGACUCUAGACCACGCCCAAGAUGCAGAGAAGAGGCAUGCGCAGAUGACAGAUGUGUCAGUUCGCGCAGACUCCGAUCUGGAGAAGAGCCGGAGCGAUGGAGCGAAGGAGGACCCGUCGUCCAUCUUGCAGCCGUCGUCGACAUCAGACGAGGAUCGAUCCGGGGUGGCGCAGGACGCAGACACGGACCCAAAUGCCGGACACGGGGCCGAGACCUCUAGCAUCGCGGGCCGGGUGCUCAGUCGAGUAACAUCAAGGUCGAGUAUCACGCCAAGUCUACCUCCCGAUGGAGGCGUGACCGCAUGGAUGGCCAUUUUCAGCGCCCACUUGGUCAUUAUGAAUACCUGGGGCGUCGUCAACUCCUUCGGUGUCUUCCAGUCCUACUACACCACCCUGCUCUCCCGGCCGCCCUCCGACAUCGCCUGGAUCGGCUCCUUCGAGGUCUUCCUCCUCUUCUUCAUCAGCACCUUCAGCGGCCGCUUGACCGACGCCGGCUACUUCCGCCCGCUUUUCGUCAUUGGUUUUCUCCUUGUGUCCCUCGGCAUGCUCACCACCUCCUUCUGCACGCAGUACUGGCAAAUCUUCCUCGCACAGGGCAUUUGCCUUGGGAUCGGCAACGGGUUCCUGUUCUGCCCGGCGCUGUCGACAGCGUCCACCUACUUUGACAAAAGGAGAGGUUUGGCGCUGGGGUUCGUGUCAAUUGGCAGCUCAACGGGCGGGUUAAUAUAUCCGAGCAUGGUGAGGCAGUUGCUUCCGUCCGUUGGGUUCGGGUGGACGAUUCGCUCCAUUGCCUUUGUGCAAAUGGGCACACUGGUCAUUGCAUUCAUGUUCCUGAGACCCCGGGUGAAGCCGAGGAAAGCGGGUAGCAUUGUCGAGUGGGCGGCAUUCCGAGAGUUGGAGUACACUUUCUAUGCCGUCGGGUCUUUCUUGAACUACCUCGGCGUUUUCUUUGCCUUCUACUAUCUAGCCUCUUACACCCGCGACAUCAUUGGGUUGAGCUACGACUCGUCCCUUAACCUCUUACUCGUCCUCAACGGCGUGGGUGUGCCAGGCCGCAUCCUGCCAGGCUACAUCGCCGACCGUGUCGGCUCGAUCAACACCCUCAUCCCCAUGUCCCUUGCUUCCGGCCUGCUCAUGUACUGCUGGGUCGCAGUUUCGUCUACUGCAGGCCUCUACACCUGGACGCCCUUCUACGGUAUCGCAGCCAGUGGGAUUCAGAGCCUGUUUCCCGCUGCGCUGAGCCAGCUGACAAACGAUCCAAGGAAACAGGGCACGCGGAUGGGUAUGACGUUUACAAUCGUCAGCUUUGCAGUAUUAACGGGGCCCCCGAUUGCUGGCGCCAUCAUUUCCGCUGAAGGCAGCAAGUACACCGGGGCGCAGGUCUAUGCGGGGACUUGUUUGCUUGCGGGUAUGUGUUUCUGGGUUGCUGCGAGGAUGGUGAAGACGAGAAAAGCAGGCGGGGGACUAUGGUUCAAGACCUGA